CCUGUCUAAAUAAUUUAUAUUAAUAACUGUGAAAUUCAAAGAAGAAAGAAACGUGAAAAAAUCAUUGGAUUACUUCGUUAUUAAAUGUAAAGUGCGUGAAUUUAAAUUAUUGGAACGCAUGCCGUCGUCCGAGUGAAAUCAAAAUCGUCUAUUGUAAUAGAGCUCGAUGAUUUUUCACAAGAUGGAACUCUAUCAAAACCGCGAGAAAAUGAACGAUGCCGUUUAUGAUCUUCGCCGGACACGAUCACUUCCGAGUGAGAGCGAAGCUUUUUCAAACAACAUCGAGAGAGGCUGCAUAUCACCGACUGUCAAUCGAGAGUCUAUCGAGUAUGCAUCCGAUUCCAGCUGCGAGGGUUAUAGGGAAUUUCAGAAACAACAGAUCGAAAGAAGAAAUUCAUCCCCAAUUGCAGCGUCCAGUGCUUUCACUAUCGACAAUAUUCUCGGGAGAAAUGAGAAAAGAGAAAUUUCGAGAAUAAAUAAUUCCGGUGAUAAAGAGGAAGAUCAAGAUGAUACGGAUGACAGGAUAGAGGGACACUUUGUCAAGCCAACAGCAAUACCAGCUACACGUUCUGAUAUAGAAGGGAGUUUGUAUACUCAUGCGGGAUUGCCGUACUCCGAAGGUGCACUAUCUGAUCCCUCGGCAUAUUCUGCAACAUCACUCGCAUCAGCUUCAUUACUAUAUAGUAGCUGGUUUGCUCAAACAAAGCCUGGGCAGCUGUUUGGUUUACAAGUCCUAUACGUCUCAGAGAUGUUCGGUGAUCCUAGACGGAUGGUGCCUCGAAAUCCUGAAGUGAUAAUUGAGCACGAGCUGGCGGAGUUAGUCGUGCAAUUAAGACGCGCGAUUAGAAUAUUAAAUUUUGAUUAUCGCAACAAUAAAUCUCCGAAAAUGUCAGAAACUGUCAAAGGACUUAAGAGACUUUCAUCACCUAAACCGAGUGGUAGAAGAUCGAGAAAACCAGGUAUCGAUCGGAAACCACGUCAAGCUUACAGUGCAAAACAGCUGGAGAGACUUGAAGCGGAGUUUAAGAUUGACAAAUAUCUCAGCGUGAGCAAGCGAAUGGAGUUGUCCAAGUGUUUGAAUCUCACCGAGGUGCAGAUCAAGACGUGGUUCCAGAAUCGCCGCACGAAGUGGAAGAAGCAGCUCACGUCCAGGUUGAAGAUCGCGCAAAGGCAAGGACUGUUUCCACCGACGUAUUUCCCGACCACUCAGUAUCCUCUUCUUCCAUACUAUGCGGCGCCUUUGAUGUUUGGCACCCCUUUGUCGGACGACGCGAAUUCUAGCUUGCCGACCCGAUCCGCUGUAUCGUCUUCGGAUACGGUCUGACGUAAUACAGACUCGAACUACUUGGUCGAUCGUCGGCCGGACGAUUGCGAAGUGCAAUAAGACCUUCCGUUGGCUACUGCAAAGUUCUCGGUAUUGUUCUUCCUUUUUUGUUUAUUUAUGCUACCUCAUAUUCUCAUUUGAAAUUUA